UUAGUUUGUAAUUUGUGCUUGUUUGCUGCAUUCAAGAUUGUUACUUAUCACGAGGCGGACGUGGCUCCUCAUCGUCGGUUAUUGUCGAUACCGUUUGGCUUGGAAUACCAUUUGGUGUUAGGUUACUCGCUCGUUUUGUUUUAUUGAAGUCAUUAAUUUAAACGAAAAACACUAUGUCCACCUCGACUGAAACCACACCAUUAACGGCAGCUGCAGCAAUGGCAGCCGCACCUCCAACUGGUCCAUCGUAUGUUUUCCCUGGAGUCCCUUCACGUUCUCGCAGAAGUCAAAUGAGGAGAUUCCAAUGUUGCAUGUGGACGGUAUUUCUUGGCAUGAUUAUUCUAGCCCUAGUCAUUGCAACAAAUUUCAGUAGCUAUGAUCCGUAUACGAACUCAUCAACAGUGCAUUUACUUGUUGACUCGGAUGAUCUCCCUAUGAAUUCGUCAGACUUGUUCCUACUGUUAAUGGAUAUAAUCGACCCUAUACCGGAUGAGGAAGUUAUUGAUUGGAAGUUUCCAGCAAUAAAUGCCUCCCUCCAAGCUGAAGCUGAAGAAUUUGCUGUGAGAGCACUGGGAGACCGUGAACUUUUUGAGGAAACAAUUUCUCUAACUCCGGUCAAUACUCCAGCAUAUCGUCAUUAUCGUUCCAUUAGCACAACCCCUGAAUCAAGGAAGCUAGCACGACGUGGUUAUGUUGAAUAUCAUGCUACACUGUUAAUAGCAAAGAAGUUCAACUACACCAAGCGACCGGGCAGAAGCAACAUCGGAAAUGGACCUCGGAUCAAUCUCAAUGAUCCCACCCAUUUUGUCAAGUGUGAUCCGAAAGAGAAAUAUCGUCGAGCGAACGGCACAUGUAAUAAUAAACGUAAUCCAAGGUAUUAUGGAGCGGCUUACAUUCCCUAUCGGCGACAGGUUGCUCCAGACUACGGUGAUGGUAUUUCAGCACCGAGGAAAUCGCACACACAAAAGGAACUUCCUUCGGCUCGCCAGGUUUCGCUACAAGUUCACCGCGCCUCGUAUCCAACUGACUCGAAUUUCACGGUCAUGUUGGCAGUGUUCGGUCAGUUUCUAGACCACGAUAUAACGGCAACUGCUUUAACUACUUCUCAAGAUGGCGAGUCUAUUAAUUGCUGUACAGUUCCAUUAAGUACUCAUCCAGAAUGUUUUCCUGUGCCUUUGGAACGCAGUGAUCCCUUUUACACAUUAUACAAUGCCACUUGUAUGAACUUUGUCAGAUCCGCCGCUGCACCGACUGGGAUCUACGGGCCGCGUCAGCAGCUCAACCAAGCCACUUCAUUCAUUGAUGGUUCAGUAGUUUAUGGAAACAGUGAACAGAGGCAAAUGUCACUGCGCACGAGGAGGAAUGGAACUCUGAGAAUGUAUAUUACCCAUGAUGGAAGAGAGCUCCUUCCACUAUCGACCAAUCCCGAUGAUGGAUGUAAUCAGGAAGAGAUGAAUUCCGUGGGCAAGUACUGUUUCGAGUCUGGAGAUGAUCGUUCCAAUGAGAAUCUCUUACUCACCUCAAUGCACCUGUUGUUUGCCAGGCAUCACAAUUAUCUAGCUCGGGGCUUGCAGGCUGUAAAUCCCCAUUGGAAUGAUGAGACAGUUUUUCAGGAAGCUCGAAAAAUUAUAGGUGCACAAAUGCAACACAUAACCUACAAUGAGUUCCUACCGAUUCUCUUGGGCAAGAAGUUGGCCACAAAGAUUGGGAUAACUUCAGAUCCACGAUCGAAUGUGGAUACAUAUGAUCCAAAAGUAGAUGCAAGUAUCGCGAACAAUUUUGCCAGUGCAGCAUUCAGAUUUGCACAUACUCUUCUACCGAGCCUGUUUCAAGCUACAAAGGACAAUUCCACUCAAGGAUCGAUAGAACUGCAUAAGAUGCUUUUUAACCCGUACUCCCUAUGGGCCGAACGUGGCAUCGACAAGGCCAUCGAGCUGAGCGUCAAUAACCCGGUCUCGCGGGUUGAUCGUUUUUUCUCCAUAGAGCUGACGGAAAAACUCUUUGAGGGCACCACCACUGCUGAGGAUCGUAUUCCAAUAUGCGGUCUGGAUUUGGUUUCUUUGAAUAUUCAGAGAGGUCGUGAUCAUGGUCUUCCGAGUUAUCCGGUAUUUCGUAAGCAUUGUGGAUUUCCGUCGAUAAAAACUUGGAAAGAUAUGGAAGCUUCUAUUGAACCGGAAUCACUUAAAUCCAUCCGGGAAAUUUAUGCAACUCCAGACGAUGUAGACUUCUACACCGGAGCUUUGAGUGAACCACCGAUUGAGGGUUCAAUAUUUGGACCUGUUCUUACAUGUAUCGUUUCAGAUCAAUUUCUGCGAAUAAAGAAAGGCGAUUCUCAUUGGUAUGAGCGCAAAGUUGGCCCCCAAAUAUUUACUCCUCGUCAAUUGAAGGAGAUAUACAAAACUAAAUUAGCUCGAAUAAUUUGUCGCAAUUCUGAUGCAAUUGAUCGGACACGAGUUCUCGUUAUGGAACGUCGCCCUUCUGAAGAAAAUAUUUUUGCUAAUUGCACAGAGUUAAGGAAUUUCAAUUUUUCACCAUGGAAGGAAAAAAUCCGAUCGACGAAUUUGACUGCCGUGGCUUUUUCUAACAGUGAAACUCUUAUAAGAGUAAUGACAGUGGUAAAUUCUACAAUGCCACCAAAUUUUAAAUUAUAGGUUUUAAUGUAGUUUUUGUAUGUUAAUAGUUUUUGUCUAAUUUUUUAAAAUAAAUAAAUUAAAUAAUUUGUACGUUGUUCAUA